AGUAGCUAAGCUAAAGUAACUCACAAGCAAUCCUCACGAUGCUAGGUGCUCUCUGCUGCCGCUGGAUUCAGGUCGCUAAGCAACUACAAGCGAGGACUACAAUCACUACGAAAACUACAAUUACCGGGACUCUCCAUCUGCCGUCUGACCGUUACAAGUGUCGUGAUUAACUGAGGACUUAAAUACGAGUGACCUCCGGGUUGAGCUAGAAGUGGGAGAGAGAAAGAGAGCAGUCCACCCUGUCCUUGUGAACAUGGCUGAGCCUAUUAGAGUUCUGGUGACCGGCGCUGCUGGGCAGAUUGCCUAUUCCCUGUUGUUCAGCAUUGCCAAGGGAGAUGUCUUUGGCAAAGAUCAGCCAAUCACCCUGCUCCUUUUGGACAUUACACCCAUGUUGCCAGUCCUGGAAGGUGUUGUCAUGGAGCUGCAGGACUGUGCCCUCCCACUUCUGAGAGAUGUUGUUCCCACUGACAAGGAGGAGGUGGCUUUCAAGGACCUGGAUGCAGCCAUCUUGGUGGGCUCCAUGCCCAGGAAGGAUGGCAUGGAGAGGAAGGACCUGCUCAAAGCCAAUGUGGCCAUCUUCAAGAGCCAGGGAGCUGCCCUGGAGAAGUACGCCAAGAAGACCGUUAAGGUUCUGGUCGUGGGAAACCCUGCCAACACCAACUGUCUGAUUGCAGCCAAGUCCGCUCCCUCCAUCCCCAAAGAGAACUUCUCCUGCCUCACCCGUCUGGACCACAACAGGGCUCGCUCUCAGGUGGCGAUGCGCUGCGGCGUUCCUGCCACCCAGGUGAAGAAUGUGAUCAUUUGGGGCAAUCACUCAUCCACUCAGUACCCAGAUGUGCACCACUGCAUGGUCAAGUUGUCUGGCAGUGAGCUCGCCUGCUUCGAAGCAGUGAAGGAUGAUGCCUGGCUCAAAGGAGAGUUCAUCGCUACAGUGCAGCAGAGAGGUGCUGCAGUCAUCAAGGCCAGGAAGCUGUCCAGCGCCAUGUCUGCAGCCAAGGCCAUCUGUGACCACAUGAGAGACAUCUGGUCAGGCACCGCUGAGGGUGAGUUCACCUCCAUGGGUGUUUACUCCUCUGGCAACGCCUAUGGAGUCCCAGAAGACCUCAUCUACUCAUUCCCUGUCCAGAUCAAGAACAAGACCUGGAAGAUUGUGGAUGGCCUGGCCAUCAACGACUUUUCCCGAUCCAAGAUGGACGCCACAGCCACAGAGCUGAUAGAGGAGAGAGACACAGCUGUGGCUUUCCUGGCAGUAUGACUAAACCCUACAGGGCCACCCGACCGGCGCAUAGAUAACCCCAAAACUCCAGACUCACGCCUGUGAUAAAGCACUCCACCAACCCCUACAUUACUGUGUGUGUGUAUGUGUGAGUGUGUGUUUGUGUGUGACAGAGAGUGAGUGAGUUCAUGUUUAUGAGUGUAAAGUUGGAUUUAUACUUGUGCGUGUGCACAUAAAGCCACCGUAGCUUUAGCUACGCUAACGUGCACCUUUUCAAAAACUGAAUGGUGACCGCAAGAAUGAUGAUCUGCUAGUUUGGGUUGCUUGUGUUUUCUCCAACAAGUGUCCGAUGCCAGAGGAGACUGUUGAUAGAGAAGGCAACAUUAAGCAAGUGGAAGAAAUGAUCAAUAAUCCUCUCCUUUUCAGUAACACCAGAUAUAUUCUGUCAUCUAGCAAAGCCAUUUCUACUGCAAACUUUCUGCUUGCUCUGAUCACUCCUGUCUAUCACAAUUUU